AUGUUAGACAAAGUUGUCCAUGAAGGUCGCCUAUCAGGCUUUCAUGUGGGUAAUUUAGAGGGAAGAUCUUUAGUGGUGUCUCAUCUCCUCUUUGUUGAUAACACUCUGAAUUUCAGUAAUGCCGAUCUUGAUCAGCUUCUGAUUCUUCGUAUAGUGCUUAUUUGGUUUGAGGCGGGCACUGGUCUAAAAAUAAACCUAAGCAAGUCAGAAUUGGUUCCUGUUGGAGUGGUGCAUAAUAUAGAGUUACUGCUGUCUGUUCUUGGCUGCAAGCAAGGUAGUCUUCCUAUGAACUAUUUGGGUCUUUCUUUGGGUGCUAAACUCAAGGAUAAGACAAUAUGGAACCCGAUUCUAGAUAAGAUGGAAAGGAGAUUAGUAGGAUGGAAAUGUUUGCAUUUAUCCAAUGGAGGUAGAGUUACUUUAAUUAAAAGCACUCUAUCAAAUUUGCCUACUUAUUUUCUAUAG